AUGGUCGCCGAAAGCCUUCGAUGCGGUCGCGAACUUUAUCGAGCGGCUAACAAGCGAGGCAAUCAGUUGGCGCGCAGCGGCGUGUGUUUGGACCCCUCCUCACCUGCUUUGUUUCAUUUCUUCUCCGCGAAGCUGUUGCCCGAAGCUAAGAAGGCUGCGGAAGUGUCACACGAACUUUUAACAGCUACAAAGUUGCUACAAGUGAAGACGUGCUCAAGUUGGGAUAUUUCACCAAAUACGUUCAUGUCUAUAUUGGAGGAUCAAGACAUCAGAGUUACUGACUUGGCAUAUUGUAAACCUGUGAAGAUCCCGUUCCGCAAGUCCAAAUACCGUAGCAUUGACGGUACUUCAAACAACAUGAAACAUCCUGGUUGGGGGCGCAAUGGCGCUCCUUUCUCAAGGAUCGCUACACCGCGUUACAGUGACGGAAUAUACGCUAUGCCUGUAGCGAAGAGUGGACGACAACUGCCGAAUGCCAGGGUUCUGUCAACAGAACUCUUUGCCGACCGGCCGAUACCCAGUCGGACUCUCACCUACAUGAACAUGCAGUGGGGACAAUUCGUAACUCAUGAUCUGCUGUCGCAGGCGAUGGAGGUUAAUGAUGAAGGAGGAAUCCAGUGCUGCUUUGGGAAUGGGCAAGAGGUUCUCCCCUCAGAAUGGCAGAACGACAAGUGCAUUCCAAUCUGUGUGCCAGAAGACGACCCGUUCUACCGGCACUACGGUGUCAGAUGCAUCAACUUCGUUAGGAGUGUCACCACACCCAGGGACGACUGUAGCUUGGGCUACGCGGAACAGAUGAAUACCGUGACGAGUUUCCUCGAUGGCUCUCCGAUUUAUGGAUCAGAUCCGAUGCUCGCUUCUAAGUUGAGGGAGAAAAGUGGCGGCAGACUAAAGGAGAGGACGAAAUUCGGCUGCAAACGAGGAUUCUUGCCCGCAACUGAUCCUAAGACGUGCGAUUUGAGGAACGCUUCGGAUCCUUGUUAUUUUGCUGGUGACCGCAGAGUUAACCAGACCCCAACGUUAGCCGUGAUUCAUACUCUUCUCCUUCGGGAACAUAACAGAGUUGCGGACAUCCUGAGCUCGCUUAACCCGCUAUGGACAGACGAGAAGAUAUACCAGGAAGCGCGGAGGAUCGUCAUCGCGGAAAUACAGCAUAUCACUUACCAGGAGUGGCUGCCUUUGAACUUCGGCGAGAACUACCUCCGGUACUACCGCAUCACGCCGAGCACGCUGUACAGCCGCGACUACAACCCGGAUGUGAACCCGGCCGUGGUGGGAGCGUUCGCGGCCGCGUUCCGCUCGCUGCACUCCGUCGUGCCGGACUCCUUCUUCACCUGCCCCGCCACUUAUCACUGCGCCUACAUGUACAAAUUAAGCGACUACUACUUCAACCCUGCCUUAGUCGAAUCCUCGGUGGACUCAUUAGACGAGAUCGUCCGCGGCAUCGUGACGCAGAGCGCUGCAGAAGCCGACCCGCACUGCACGAGAGAGAUCACCAACUUGCUGUUCAAGCUCGACAAUAAAUGGGGAAUGGAUCUCAUCGCUAUGGACAUACAGAGAGGCAGGGACCAUGGACUGGCGUCAUACAAUGAUUAUAGAGAGACGUGCGGUUUGAAAAGGGCGCACUGUUUUCAAGACUUAUCUGGAGAAAUACCGCAAGAUCGCAUAAACGCACUCUCACAAAUCUACGAGUGCGUUGACGAUAUAGACUUGUUCGUCGGCGGGACGAUGGAGAAAACUGUUCAAGGUUCUAUCCUCGGCAAGACGUUUCAGUGCAUAGUGGCUGAACAGUUCUACCGGACGCGGAUCGGCGAUAGAUUUUUCUACGAUCACGGGGAAAUGCCGCAUUCCUUCACGCCAGGCAAGUUUAACAACAACAUUGAGUAA